UCAGUUACGUGUAGCUAUGGAAAACAACCCAAAAUAAUUUUGGGGACACAGAAUUGGUAUCCUACAAUAGAGGAAGGACGAUAAGGUGGGUUAAUCACAGUCAGGAUUGGAGAGUGAGCAAUUUAAAUGAUCUCAUGUUCUCAAAUAACGUACGACAAUUUGAAUGACAGCCCACGUUUUUAUGAUGCUCAGUUCAGCUUCAGAUCAUUCUUAGAGGUUCACAGAAAAAACUAUGGGGGGAGAAAAGCAAGUCACCAAAAUGGUGGUGAAGCUGAAUCUUCAGUGCUGCAAAUGCUACAAGAAGGUCAAAAAAAUACUCUGUAAAAUCCCUCAAAUACACGACCAGGUAUACGAUGAGAAGAAUGACACAGUCACAAUCAAAGUGUUAUGUUGCAGUCCUGAAAAGAUCAAGGAAAAGAUUAUCUGCAAAGGCGGUGGCUGUAUUACAAGCAUCGAGAUCAAAGUUCCUGACGUAGAAACAAAGCCUGAUCCAAAGCCUGAUCCAAAGCCUGAUCCUCCUCCUCCUCCGCCAGUGUCAGUUGCGAUCGGAGUAUGUAUUCAGCAAAGUAACAUUUGGUAUCCUGGUGGGCCAUGCUGUCACUGCCCUGGUUGGCCACCAGCAUGUUACGAAUGCCACGGAUAUUGUGGAAAGCCAGUUGAUAGCUGUGGCUGUGGAAGGAAUUGUUAUCCGAGCCACUGUGAUACCCAAGGAUGCACCUUCAUGUAGAUAUUUAAAUUUUGUUACCUUCACAAGAUAUUUUCUUCUUAAUUACCACUUAUAUACGCAAGUGGUGGAACGUCUGUUAUUAUUAUUACAUGAAGUGCAACACUUAUUGUAAUAAAUAAAUAAAUAAAUAAUAAAUAAGUGAAGGUUUCAUCAAUCAUUGCUCAAUUUGUAUUUGUGGUGUGUACAUUUGCUUUUCUUCCAUUUUGUAUACUAAUACUAUAUAAUAUAUAUUUUAACGAAGCUCCUUACAGAA